GGCAGGGCUCAGCGGCCCGACCGGUGUAGGGGCCCCGCGGCGAGCGCCGACGACCUGGGACCGCGAUCUGACCGCGCAGUUUGCGCCGCCUGCUCCGGGGCGGGCCGGGAGUGGGGACCCCCCUCACCCCCACCUCCAGUUGCUCUUCCGAUGGGGAUGUGUUUUCCCUGCCCCGGGGAGUCUAAGCCCCCCUCUCCGAGCCUGGAAGAGAAAAGAGCAAAACUUGCAGAGGCUGCAGAGAGAAGACAGAAGGAGGCCGCAUCUCGGGGCAUCCAGGAUGUUCACUCUGUAGAAGAGAGGAAAAGAAAAAGAGAAAAACUAGAAAAACAAAUGGCUACAGCUGGUCCUCCAUCAGAAGGUGGACUAAGAUGGACAGUUUCAUGAAGCAUAACAGAAUUGAAGAGUCUCAUGCUAAUAACAAAUAUCUGCAAUCAAGUGGGCAUCUUCAAUUUAGUAUCUUCUCUGAAUAAAUGAACAUUCAGAUCUAUGUAAUUUUAUUUAAGACUGUCCUUUGAAUGCAUUGCUUUUGAAAUAAUGAAAUAUUGAAAAUGCAUUUGAUUUCAAAGAUAGAAGUGGUCAGACCUUUCAUUGAAUACUUAUUUUCCUACAUUUGCUGUUCUGCAGGUAAAGAGUUGAUUUGCCAUUUUUUAAUAGCCAAAACACAACCAUAUAAAUAUUGCAUAUAAAAAUUAUGCACGCAUCUCAUAUAUUAAGGUUUAAAAUUGUAUUUUCCUUCUUUUAUAUAAAAUAAUUUAUAGUUGCAUUGCUUAGCCAUAUAGAACAUUUAUUUCAUUGUAUAUGACUGGUUUAAAUUUAUGGAUUUGGUGCCUUUAAACUGAUCAUCAGGGAAAAUCUUAAAAUAUCAUUUGAAGGGCUUAUAUGAAAGAAUUCUAAUUUUUGUAAUUUACCAAGAUUUGGAUGUUUGUAGUAAACAAUGAAUUUCUCCAAGUUUAUUUUCUAUUUAUAUAGCUUAUAAAAUCUAUAUAGUAUAUUUUACAUAAAGUGAAACUUUUUUUUUCUGCCUGCUGUAUUCAAUAUAAUAUAAUAGUGGUCGGAGGGAAGAAAAGUUCUAUUGUGUAAUAUCAGAUUCUUCAGCUCCAUAAAGAUAUUUUUAACAAUCAAAUAAGUUAAACUAAGACACCUGAUUGGAUUAUAUGAUUGGUAACAUAUUUGUUCAAUAUUCAUAAGUAUCAUCCUUUUUUUGUGUGUAAUCAUUUCUUACAUGUGAAAUUGGUAGGUUUGAGUGUGUUUAAAAGAAAUAUGUAGGUACUGUAUUGAACAAGGUUUACCUUAAAAAUAUUAUGAGGUGAUUUGGUAUACUUCAGUGACACCAAAUUAGAUUUUUGUUUUGUUGACACUAAUUUUCUAGCAUUUAAGUAUUUUUAGAUUUUCUUUCUAAAAAAGGCAAGCAAAUGUAGAAAAUUUACUCUUUAAUUAUAGAUUAGAAUAUGAUUGCUAAUUUUUGAGCAUGACCAUAAACCGAGCUCUAAAUUAAUAUCUGUAGUUAAGUGCCAAUGGGUACUGCAAAUUGUAGCAGCACUGUCAGUCCGUUGUUCAUGAAUUUGCUCGAUUGGUCGUCAGUAACAUCUCUAUUGUGAGACUUGCUUUACUUUUUUUUGGCAUAUUGAAUAUGCCACGGGUAGCUUGCCAGACUCUGCCGUGUAGGCAGGAUACUAUCUGUAGCUUGCCAGGCUCUCUGAGAGGGAAGGAGGAAUCAAACCCUGGUUGGCCACAUGCAAGGCAAAUGCCCUAUCUGCUGUGCUAUCUCUCCAGUCUGGGUACUGCAAAUUAAAUAGAUAAUUUAAUUUAUGAAAAGAAACUGAGCCACAAUCUCACUCAUGUCUCCCAUAAGAUAUGCAUUGCAAUGUAAAAUAUUAUGUAUGUCAAUUUUAGGAUUUGUGUUGUAGAUGCUCUUUCUUCUCAUUAAAAAAUUUAAUUUUCUUAUGGAAUUUAAUGUAGUUUGAAUAUCUAAGUAAGAGAGUUGAGCAAUUUUUUCAUCUUGUAGAGGAUUUGUAGUAUUUUUGGCAACAAAGGAUAGAAAAAAUAUCGUAUUUCAGAAGCAACACUUUGACUUUAUAAAUAUUAUUUUUUCCAAGUCAGAAUGGUGAAAAGAUUAUUAAUUGUUGGAUGGAUAUAGAACCAGAGUAUGUGAUCCUUGAACUGUGAAAAUCUUUGUUUUAAUAUGGAAUGAGCAAUUUAUAUUAUUUCUUAAAGAAUUAACUGUUUUGAUAUGUGUGAACAGAGGUUUAAUGUGACUGGAUAUAAUGAGCAAUUUAUAUAUGAAUAACAUGCAUUUUUUGUCAGUGAGCCAUAAUUGACACAAUGGCAUAUUGCUUUCUGAGAACAUUGGGAUAUGCUGUUCAGUCUAUUCUGGCUUGCCUUCAUGGGCAUGAUCAACUUUAAAAAAAAACAACAAAAAAACAAAAAUAAGUUGUGUACACUAGUGAUAUACAAAUGUUAGAGACAGUACUAAAAAGAAAGAAAAAGGAAAUAUCAGAUACCAAUGGAAGUCAGUGAGUAGUAAAUAAAAUACAAAAAUAAAUAUACAUACAUUCGUACAUACAUCCCUUAUAAAACUAGUUAUUGCUAAAAACUUGUAACUUAGAGUCAGUUUCCCCUAAUUCAUAAUUUUAAGAGAAAAAUCUUUUAAUGCUUAAGAUGCCACAUAACCACCAUUCCAAACAUUACUAAAAUGCAGCUGAAAUAGUACAAAACUUAAGUGUAAUUAACAUGUUAAAGCAUAAAGUACUCCUAUUACUGGUUCUUGUCAUAAAACUAAUUCUGCCUGGUAACAAAAUUUUGAAUAUUAUCUAGACCAAAGUGAUAGUACAGACAUCAAGGCACUUGUCUUGCACAUGGCUGACUCUGAUUCCUGGUCAUCCCUGGCACUACUUAUGGCCCUCUACAACCAGAUGUGAUCCCUGAGAUCAGAGCCAGGAGGACGCCCUGAGCAUAAACAUCCCCAAAGGUGGAAAUUAUCACAAAGCCCACUUAUUGACUUGCAAAAUAUUUCUUAAACAUCUGUAUGGGAACCUAACAUUUCACUGAUUGUAUCUGGAAUUUAAUAGUAUCCCCACAAGACAUUUUGUUAUAAAUUUUGCAAUGUCUGAAAAGAAUAUAAAUCUAUACAUAUAUAUAAAUAUCUAACAAUUUCAUAUUCACUGCAUCUUUAAUACCUUGAUUUGGGAUAACUAGGAAAAGCUUAGUGAUGCCUUCAUCUCACUGGACUAAUGGACUAAAAGCUAUUUGUUGUAUUCAUACAUCUCUGAGUUUAUACAUAGGUUUGUUUAUUUUCCUGUAAUUUAAAGGUGAAAUGACAUUAGUCUACUGUUUUCUAUAAAUAUAAUAAAGGUUCUAGCUAUCAUUCUUCAUACACAGAAAUAAUUCACAUAAUCAUUAAAUUUUUCUUUGUUCCUAUAGUGGUUCAACUUGUUUGCUUUAUUUCUUUGUUUUGUUUGUUUUAUUUUAUUUGGGGGCCACAUCUGACUGUCCUCAGGGGUUACUUCUGGCCCCGUGCUUAGGGGUCACUCCUGGAGACUCUGCAUACCAUACGGGUGCUGGGGAUCAAAUCCAAGUCAGCCACAUGCAAGGCAAAUGCCCUACCCCUUUUUACUAUUGCUCUGGGCCCUCAACUCUUAGGUAAGAAUUAUACUCUGAUCUCAGAAGAAAAAGUACUGUCAUUUUAGAUUUCGUAAGAGUUCCUGCAUGGCUAGUAAGCAGUACUUAGAUGGGCAUACCUGUACUGAGAUUUAAAAUCAAUUUUAAUAUCUUCAAGCAGUGACUACUUGAUGUGUUAAGUCGAUUCAAAUGUGGCACUGUAACCACUGAACAUGAAAAGCAUGAACAGGUAUUUUAAGUGAAUAAAGGAAAUAUACUUGAACAAAAGUGUAGCUUGGUGCAGAAAUGUAUGUGUCCUCAUUAACUAAAAUAUUUCAAUUUCUUAUGACAAGAUUUUUCAUUACCCUGAUCUUCUUUGAGGUAUGUAUCAUCUUACAAAUACUGCUUUUAAAUGCAAUCAUUAUGAUCAAGAAAGUGAAUAUUCAUUAGUUGUCUUAUCUGGAUGUAAUACUUUGUAUUAUAUCCGCAAUUUCAGUAUUUACUUUUGUAACCUGGAAUUUCUGGUUCUGUGGCUGCUUCCUGGAGUCAGCCAACUGACAGGAUGACAGGUUGGAAAAGUGUUUUAUUAACAACCAAAUGGCAGAUUGAAAGAUGGUGGACUCUUUGUGCUCUGGACAACUUUCUCAAUUCUGCUGUCUCAAAAAGCAGCUUACGUAAACGAAGAACAGGGAAACCAGUGUUGAUCCACAGGGCAUGAUACGCUCUGCUGGGCAGCAGAAUAGUCACAUGGGUAUGCUUUGUUAGGGCCUGAGUUAUGCUUUCUUGCAGUCCCGGAGACCAGUCUCAUCUAUCUGAAAGAGAAGCUCCUGACUAGGGGAGUCUCAUAAUUACCCCCAGUCCUUACCUUUUGGCUCAUAGAAUUACUUUUAUACCCACUGCACUCUGCUUUCCUUCUGAGGGUGUAUGGGAGACGAAGCAAAAAAAUUAGAAUGUGCUUGAUAGGAUAAUUUGCAUACUCAACAGUCCGUACCUAUAGUUAUUAAGGUGCUUGCUGCUAAUUCCAUUUCUUAACUCCUUUCAUUGCCAUUUAAUGUUCAUAGCACCGUACUUGUGUUGAGGUUCCAGUUAAUAGUCUCUAUCUUAAAAGCAGAUUUGAGCCAUUAUUUACAACAAUUACUUCAUACUUAUCCCAACUAAUCCUCUUGUUCUAAGACUAUUUCUCUGAAAUCUAUUUUAACACACAAGGAAGAAGUUGAAUAUUAUCUUAAGCUUCUUACUCAUUUCUAGAUGCCCUUUUCCCAUUCUACUUUUUUGUAAUUAUAAGUCUAAUUUUAUUUUAAUGCACUUUUAAAGUAUAAUUUAUAAUGACCAUUUUAUUAAGAUGUAUAGAAAUGCGCUAUGCUUAUAGACAUGAUGGAUAUUAAAUAUUUCAUUAGGUCAGAGUGAUCAUACAGCAGGUACCAUACUUGUUUUGCAUGCAACUGAUCUGGGUUUGACUCCCAGCAUCCCAUUUGGUCCCCAGAGCACUGCCAGGAGUGCAGAGCCAGUAGUAACCCCUGAGGACUACUGGAUGUGGCCCCCAAACUAUAGUAGCUAUGAUACUAUAUAUAUAGUAAUAUCAUAUGUAGUUAUAUAUAUAGUAAUAUCAUAUGUAGUAGCCAUGAUUACCAUUUAUUACUCUUUCCUAGAUUAUUUUCAAUUUUACACCAGAGGAUUUAGUAUAAUACUUUCUCCAGCAGUGUUAAAUAGAGUAUGUACAUUACAUAAAAUUCAGGUUCCUAUAAUAUAAUCCUAUAAUAUAGUCCACUUGUGUUUUUCAAAAGCUGUUAUGGAAUCAUGUGAUUCAAUAAUGAUUUUGAAAUCCUAUGAUAUAAAUUGAGAUGCUAUGAAUGAUUUAUCACAUAUUAGAAAGAAAUCAAUUAAAUGAAGCUUUUUAAGCCUAUUGUGGAGAUAUAUUUGAUAAUAUUUCACUCUAAAAAUAAAGGUGAUCUCCUCUAGUAAUAAUAAUGGGUAAAAAUAUUUUCAAAUAUUUGGAAUACUGACAUCAUUCCUGAAGAUUCAAUAAUCUAAAAAAUGUAUGAAGUGGUUUUCCACAUUCUAGAUUUCAUUAUUAAUUUUUUAAUUAAAAUUUUGGUCACAUGUUUACAUUACUGUUAAUGUUUGUUUGUUUUUGGUUUUGGGUCCACAACUGAAUGUACUUCUGGCUCACUUCUGGCACAGUGCUCAGGGAUUACCCCUGGAACACUUGAGGACCAUAUGGGGAGUCUGGGAUCAACCCUGGGAUGGCUGUGUGCAAGGAAAAUGACCUACCCACUGUACUCCAGCCCCUCAUGGUUUUUAUGUACAGAAUUACCAUCCUUCACUACCACCAAAAUGUUUAAGACCUUCCAUCAAUUUUACCCUCUACCAAUAUCCCUUCCAGUCUGCCUUCUCAUUGUCACUCCCUCACCUGAGUUUGUGUUUGGUAUUCUUUAGUUCUGUAAUCCAGGGCCAAGGUUUGUUAUCAUUUGAUACCAUCUAUUUCCUUGUUUUGUCACUCCAUACACCAGGUAAGUGAGAGCAUCUGGUAUUUUCCCUUCUCUUAAUUUUGCUUAACAUGAAACCCUGCAAGUACAGUGAAUUGCAUGAUUUCAUCUUAAUGAAUGCGUAGUAUUCCACAUAUAUAUGGAAUACACACACACACACACACACACACACACACACACACACAUACACACCAGCUUUCUGUUCAUGCGUCAUUAGAUAUUUGCAUUGUUUUCUUAUCCUGGCUAUUGUACUAUGCACGGCAACAAACAUGACAAACAUGAAUGCAUGUAUCUUUUAAAAUGAAUAUCUUUCUGUUUGGGGGCUAGAGGCCAAAAAGAAGCUGAACCAGACAACAUUCCCACCAAUAGUGAUAUUUUCACCAUAUCCUUUCCAGCACUGGUUAUUUCCGGCAUUUUUGAUAGUUGCCAUUCUCACUCGUGUUAAACAUCUCAUUCAGAAGAGCCGAAUGUUUUCUCCAAAGAAUACAUACUGAUUACAAUAGGCAUAUGAAAGAUGUUCAUAACUAACAGGGAAAUAAAAUUUUAAACCACAGAAGUGAUGACUGUUCAAUUGUAAACGUUUCUAAAAUAUGUUGUAUAGUGAAUAAAAUAUGUUGUAUAGUGAAUGGAUUUCUCUUGAUGUAAAAAAUAAAAUUCAAGAAUGUUGCAGUAACAAA